UCUGUAAAGCGGAACUAGUUCUAUCGAUACAAAACUAGCGCCAAGCGAAAAGAACGUUCGAAAAAAAAAACUGCUCUAAAAACAAAAGAGUCUUGUGUAAUUAAUAGAAAGCAAAUAGAGUAAAUUCACUAAUAUGAGUGCGGUUCGCAGCCACAAUGGUGUCCACACGAAUAGCAACAGCAGCAGCUACAACAACAACAACAACAACAAUCAGAAUGGCGACUCGCCUUUGCAGUCGAUGCUGCUGCCCGCACAGGACGCGGCGCUUGCGCAGGCGAUCAGCUACGUGCGAGACUUUAGCAGCCAGGCGUCUGCGUAUCAUCAGCUGAAAACAGAGGAGUCGCUGGUGCAUCUACAGCGCACCAUCGCCUUGCUGGGCACCAAGGUGCAACCAGUUUACUUUGCACCAACGCCUGGCCAACUGGAGCUGGCCAAAUUCUUUAUAGACUUGCAUGCGCUGAUGAGUGCCCUGGACAGUGACAGCGAAGCGCUGUGGAGCUGUGUCUCUUUGCUGCAGCACUGCAGCCGCAAUCUGGAGGCGCGCGUGGCAAUUGUGCAAAAUUAUUGCUUUGUGCCGCUGUUGAGCUAUUUGCUAAAGCGAACUGUGCGGCCAGAGCGAGUGCAGCGACUGCUCCUGCUGCUGCAAGAUCUCACCUAUGGCAUACGCAUUGGCUGGGAGGAGCCAUAUCUGGUGGUGCUGCUAGAGCAUCUGGUCGAUCUGCUGCACAACGUGGAGGAAUGCGACGCAACUGCCACAGAUGUCGACGAUCCGCAGGCGCAGCUUGCCCUAUCGAUACUCGUGAAUCUCUGCUACAAAAACUUUGUCGUGCUCUUUCUCUUUCUGCGCAGCGUCAACAUCUCCAGGUUCAGCAAACGCAUACAGAACUAUGGCCUGCUGGCCUAUAAGAUGCUCAUCAUCUUGUCGGAGGAUGUGCACGCCUUGGAGCAGCGGGAGCUGCACACAUUCUUGCGCACAGCAUUUGCCGGCAUGGAGGAUUGCUUGAAGCACUGGCAUGUGCCCCAACUGCGGCACAUCGUCGACUUUCUAUUAGACGCACAAUGCCAUGCCGGGCUACAGCGUGCGAUGCUCAGCUACUCACACUACUGCGAGGACAUUGAACGGCUGUUGAAUCAAAUAGAGGCGCGAUGCCAGCUGGACGACACGAACGAGGAUAUGCGCAAACAACAGCAGCUCUGCCUGCAGCUAAUCUUGGAGCUUAUCAGCCAUAUACUACAGCUGUCGGAGAAUAAUAGCAUCAUAAGCCUGGAUGCCAUUACACCACGUCUUUAUGAACUGCUGUGUGACUGGCUGGAGUCCGAUAUUUGCGGCGUGGCAGCCAUUGAGCUGCUCGGCUCACUGCUGCGGCUAGGUAAACGGGCUACAAUUCUGCAACUCAUAUCCAAGGAGCCGGCAAAUGUGGUCAAGCUGAUGGCCAGGGCCGAGCGCAGCGAAACAAAGCCCGCCCAUGUCACAGCCAUACUUCGGUUGCUGCUCUUGCUACUGCGCGAAUCGAAGACCGAGAAGCUGGUGCUAUCUAAAAUAUCCGAAUCCUAUUUUGACAAAAUACUGGCCGCGCCUCUGUCGCUGUUGCCGCAAAUGCUUAGCAGCCAGACGCUCGCGCAGACCGAGGUGGAGAAGGCCAUUUACUGUCUGCUGCUGCUGAUCAAUUUCGCCAGCAUUGCCAAGAAGGCGUAUUGGGACAAGUGCUGCGCUCUGCUGGAGCUGCCCCAGCUGCAGUAUGCGCUGGCACGUGCCAUGCUCAGCGGCAAUGAGCAGCUGGUUUCGGCCAUGCUGCAAAUUGCACAAUUCGAGCAUUUCCCAAAAGCAGCGGUCGCCAAGUAUGUAUCCAGUAUCGGCAGCAGUGCUAAUGGCUCGCCUGGUGCCAGCAGCGAGCAGUCGGAGCAGUGGCGCAACUUGAGCGCCAUUCUGAAAAGUCAUCGCACAUUCAUGGACAAGGAGCUGGCGCAGCGUGUGAGCUCACUGAUAGAGAGCAUUGGCGAAACCUUGCGUCGCAAUGAGCUGCAAUCGGCGCCCGUGUCGCAGGUGAUUGAAUUGUAUAAUCAUCGCAUUGACAGCCUCAACUGUGCCACGCACAAUAUGCAGCAGCGUCUCGAGCAGGCCAGCGCCCAGCUGUGCAACAGCCAGCAGCUGACAAAUGUGCAAAAUGCGCAGCUGGAACGCUUUCAGACCAAAAACUUUGAGCUGCUCAUCAGCCAGGAACGCUUGCAAACGCAGUGCAAGGAUCUCAAAGCGCAGGCGGCGCAGCUGAAGACAAAUCUGAGCGAUUUGCUCAAACGUUGGUCGGAAACCUCCGAGCAGCUGCAGGCCAGCGAGCGUCGUCUUUCGGUCAAGCAGUCGGAGAUUGCGAGCCUGCAAAGGGACUGCGAGGAGCUGCGCAGCAAUCUCAGUGCCAAAAGCGAGGAGCUCAGCAAGCUGGAAGCCCUCAGCAAAGAUAACUGCUCCCGUAUCGACAAGCUGAAGAAGUCAGUGAUUGCCUAUGAGCAGGAUAUUAAGGAGAAGCUGCGCACCAUUGACGAGCGCACCACGGAGCUGGCCAAAACGCACAAAGCGCUCGAGGAGCAGCGCGAGGCACGCAAGAAAGCGGAGGAUCUGGUCAGCGUGCUAGAGACGCAGCUCCAAGAAAGAAAGGAACAAAUCGAGAAUCUCGAAAUGGAGCAGAAGGAGACAGAAGAUCUGCGCAAGACCAUCAUGAGCCUCAUGGAGAGCAAAAAGCCCAAGCGCAAGGCCUAAACACUUACUACUGCUAAUAUCGAUUAUAUGGCUAAUUCUUAUAGCCCCCACCUAUUGACUAAGUUGUGUUUAGUUAGAAAUAAGCGCGCGUAUAAAACAAUUACAAUUUAUUUAAUACUAUUUAAGCUAAUUUUUUUUUUGUUUUCUUUGAGAAUUUUUGGCAGAUCCAUCUUGCAAAAGCAAGAUGAUCUUCAACUCAGCUGCUCAACUAGCAACAAUAGAUAUAGUAUAUAUAUUAUAUAUUACUUUAAGAAAAAGAUGUGCUAAGUGGAGGUUCCAGGUUCAAUGACCAACUCAGUGAGAUCAAUUGAAAAUCUUUCAUUCAACUACACGCCCUACCCCAAUAUUUUCAUAUAUAUAUACUCACAGAUUAUAUAUAUACAUAUCUUUCUCUC